AGAGACUGGUUCUUUUUCUGUGAAGCGACAGUUUUACUAUAAAUGUUGACUGGAAGCGAAACCCGCCAGAGAGAAGCUAGAGAGAGAGACACCCCUAGCGGAGAGGACAGUUACUGAGGAUUUCUCAGAAACGGUGUUCACUUUAAAACGAAAGCGAAACUGAUGUGUGUUGGUGUAGUGUACGGUCCUGAACGUUUAUUUAGCUCCUUACCGAUCACCAGCGGACAGAUGUUCAAACCAACAAGGAGAGAGAGUAAGAGAGGACGUGAAAGACGAUGUGGAUAUACUAUACCGUCGGAUUACCGCGUCUUCUCUCUACUAGUUUGGACGUUUAUUGAUGAUCAAGAACAGGAUUAAUACCGCUGUGAUUCUGUGAUUAAAAACGGAUUCUGCGUCGGAAAAUAUAAAAAGUGCAUCAGGAAAAUAAAACUACAUUGCACUCGUUUUGCAAAACGGAUGCCAGGGAACUGUGUAGCGAUGGGAGAGGGUUGGGACCGCUCUCCCCUGUAGGAUGGUCGCUCACAGCACUGUGGAAGAACAAGACACAACAACAAAAGCACCAUCGUCAUCGUCACCUUCUAGACCUCUAGGCGCCUCCUCCACCUUCCUCUCGACUCCACACUCGGACCACCACGCAACAUCACCAUCAUCAUCGUCAUCACCAUCAUCAUCAGUCUCCCAGUCGCACCGUCAGCGCCCAUCCAACCAGUGUGUGGCGUCCCCUAUCCCAGGACCAGACCUGUUAGACCACCAGCCGCCUCUUCCCCUCCUGGACCCAGUGCCCACCCACUUUCCUCUGUUCCCCUGCAAGUUAGACUUCCUGUUGAUCACCCGGACAGCCGCCAUGUUGGAACGUUCCGGCUUCUACUGGGGCCCGCUAGGAGUGGAGGAGGCUCACAGUCGACUGAAGGACGUUGCCACGGGAACAUUCUUGAUCCGAGACAGUCGUCAGAAAGACGUCUUCUUCACGCUGUCCUAUCGCGCGGCCAGCGGCCCGGUCAGCGUACGCAUCGUCUAUAAGGGACAACGGUUCAGCCUGGCAGGAAGUGAGCACUCUUUCCCCUGCCUCUUCCUCCUGCUCGAACACUACAUUCAGUCCUCUAAGAAAAGCCUGACCGUUCCGUACAGGAAGCAGCGCCCUACGCUCCAGGAACUGUGCAGGAAACAGGUUGCGGAGUCGUGCGGCGGUGAGGUGGAACGGGUCGCCAGGGUCCCCGUCAACCCAGUCCUAAAACACUUCCUGUUAGAGUUCCCGUACAGGAUAUGAUGUCACAGGGGAUGCCGUUGAGGCGGGACUUGAUUUGGAUCGGGUCGGUACUGAAGGGUACGUACGGGAUAUGAUGUCACAGGGGAUGCCGUUGAGGCGGGACUUGAUUUGGAUCGGGUCGGUACUGAAGGGUUUUCGGAUCGGUCGCUUUGAAACUAGAGACCGGGUCGUGGUUAGAAACGAGGUCAGAGUUCAGAACCGCACCCUAUUCUCUAAACGGUGCACUACUCGACAGGGUCAUAGGUCACACUUGGUCUGGGUUUGGGUUUAUCCGGUUUGGUGGUGGUCCCUGGAGGAUUUUAAGGGACCGUAUAUAUGUGGACCACCACAACAACAACAACGACAACAGGUUAUGGGGCGGCUGCAUUAAAGAACCACCACCGGGGUUCUGGUUGUGUUCUGAUCCGGGUCGCUGACCCUGUGAGGUGGACGGUUUGGUUAGUGGACUGGUUCUGCCGUUGUAGGCAGGGCUAGGUUCGCUGUAGCACAACAACUCAAGCAUCAAUACUUUACAAUGUUUACAAUGUUGUUUACAAACUUUACAACGACCAGGAAUGUUUACGCUACACAAUAUUACAGUACUGUAUGUAUAACUGUGUACUCUCUGGUACUAACAGGUAUAACUGUGUACUAUGUAGUACUAACAGGUAUAACUGUGUACUCUCUGGUACUAAUGGGUAUAACUGUGUACUAUGUAGUACUAACGGGUAUAACUGUGUACUCUCUAGUACUAAUGGGUGUAACUGUGUACUCUCUAGUACUAAUGGGUGUAACUGUGUACUCUCUAGUACCAAUGGGUAUAACUGUGUACUCUCUAGUACUAAUGGGUAUAACUGUGUACUCUCUAGUACUAAUGGGUAUAACUGUGUACUCUCUGGUACUAACGGGUAUAACUAUGUCGUACUAAUGAGUAACUGUGUACUAUGUAGUACUAAUGAGUAUAACUGUGUACUAUGCAUCAUAUCUGCUGUGCAGACUACCUCUAGGGGUGUUUUAAUGGAUAAUAAAUAUGGCGUAUAUAUUUCA